AUGGUUGCCACCGAUGAAGACAACGAUGUGAACGUCAACACCGCUUUUGAAUGCGACCUCAAGUUUUUGCAUCCAAUCAAA